GGAAAAAUAUUUUAUUUAUUAUGGCCGAUGAUAUGAGACCUGAUUUAGGUUGCUAUGGCAAUGAACAAGUACAUACGCCUAAUUUGGAUUAUUUAGCUUCUCGAGGGAUUUUGUUCCGGAAUGCUUAUUCCCAGCAAGCUUUAUGCGCUCCUAGUAGAGCUUCAAUUUUUACCAGUAGAUUGCCAGAAAGGACCAAGGUUUUUGAUCUGCAUACCUAUUGGCGUGUAUCGAGUGAAGGCAAUUUCACCACUAUGCCUCAGUACUUUAAGGAAAAUGGUUACUUUACAUACUCCAUCGGUAAAGUAUUUCAUCCUGGGAAAGCGUCUAAUUUUAGCGACGAUUAUCCUUACAGUUGGAGCCUUCCUCCCUAUCACCCACCAUCAGAAAUUUACGAGAAUAAACCGACAUGUUCCGAUUAUAACCUCGAAGAAAACAUCACGAAAAAUGAUUUUUUCGAAAUCAACUCGACUAAUCAUUUAAAACGCAAUGCUAUUUGCCCAGUGGACGUUCAUACUCAACCCACGAAAACAUUGCCAGAUAUUGAGAUGGCUAAGCACGCGAUAAAAAUUUUAUCGAAGAUAUCCAAAUCUCGUAAAAGCCCCGAAAACAAUAUGUACAAGAAACCAUUUUUCUUGGCUGUAGGUUUUCACAAACCUCAUCUCCCUUUAAAAUAUCCCAAGAAUUACAAAAGAUAUUACCCGCUCGAUAAGAUAAUAUUACCUUCGAAUCCAUAUUACCCUGCUAAUUUACCAGAAGUAGCGUGGAAUCCAUGGUUAUCUUUACAAUCUAGAGAUGACAUAAAGAGAUUAAAUAUAUCCUUUCCUUUUGGUUACUUGCCCAACGAUGUACAGUAUUCCAUUCCAACCUUAUCCAAGAGGGUAUUUUCAGAAUAAAUAUUGUCCUGGAAGUCGGUUCUUCACUCCAAACCUCUAACCUUGUGAGAGACACCGCCACUAAUAAAAAUUUCUUUUAUAUUAAAUUUAACGCGCUGGUCCUUGAGCUGCGUCCGCAAAAGAGUCUUAGAGAGACAAACAUCUGUAGUAUCCUUGGGAUGCAAUCCAUCCUAUAUUAUAUUAUCCUUCCAGUCUUUCAAGGCAACUUUAACUCAUAUCUCUUCUGACCUCUUAUAUUUAAUCAACCCCGACCAAGAAGUUGAUUAAGGAUGUUCUUGUGUGAAUAGAACCCGAGUCUUCAUUUAUUUAGUCCAUAUCUCUAACCAUGUGAGCGACAAACCUGAUACUUAAAAAAAUCUCUUUUUUUAUUAUAUAACGAACGCUGCAAACCAGUCAAAAAAGACCUGGGAUAAUA